UGCCGCCCCACAGGGGAACGAUGCCACUCUGGGUGUUGUUCUUUGUGCUCCUCACCGUCAGCAGCGGCUCCCACUGCUCCCUGCCCCCCUCCACACCCGUUAGGAUGCAGCGCUACGCAGAUGCCAUCUUCACUAACAGCUACCGGAAGGUGCUGGGCCAGCUGUCUGCCCGCCAGCUGCUCCAGGACAUCCUGAGCAGGCAGCAGGGAGACAGACACCAGGAGCCAGGAGCAAGAGGACGGCUUGGGCGCCAGGCGGAGCAGAAGUGGGCGGAGCAGAAGCGGGCAGCUCCGGAGAGCGUCCCCACGGCCCUGCCGCAGCACAGGGAUUCCCAAGGAUGACGACUCCGCCCCAGGCUUGGCUGCCUGCAGCCCAAACACAACCUGACCCACUUAAUCCUGCUUCAUGUCUGACCUGCUUUUUCCUUUGUAAAUACAAAUA